UCAGUGAAUCUGGGAGAGUCUUAGCCGAGAGGAGCUAAUGCCUCUACGGGUGGAUUUAUGUGGGUUAUCGUAAAAUUUGAACAAAGUGGAGAAACAUAAUUAGGAUAAGAAGAUUUAUUAGUGUUUUACGGGUGUAUUUUCAUCAGACAGAACACUUCCAGCGUAUCUUCGAGUCUCGGGAGAGUUUAGUUAGUCUGGUCGAUCGUAAUGUGGCUCAAGGGCUAAUCCUUGGACUUCAUUCAAUACUAAUUCAUCUCGAAGCGCUUCGUCUGGGCGAGCCGAGCUGAUUUAACAACCACUCACGAGAAUGACGGAAUACAAGCUGGUAGUUGUCGGGGCUGGUGGCGUUGGCAAAAGCGCGCUGACCAUACAGCUCAUUCAGAAUCACUUUGUAGAUGAGUAUGACCCCACUAUUGAGGAUUCUUACAGAAAGCAGGUUGUGAUUGAUGGUGAGACGUGUUUGCUGGACAUCCUGGACACCGCAGGUCAGGAGGAGUACAGCGCCAUGAGAGAUCAGUAUAUGAGGACAGGAGAAGGCUUUCUGUGCGUGUUUGCCAUCAACAAUGCCAAGUCUUUUGAGGACGUACAUCUUUACAGGGAGCAGAUAAACCGUGUCAAAGACAGCGACAAUGUCCCGAUGGUGCUGGUGGGGAACAAAAGUGACCUAGCCUCCCGUACUGUAGAGACGCGUCAAGCCCAAGAGCUCGCCAGAAGUUACGGGGUCCCGUUUGUCGAAACAUCUGCCAAGACUCGACAGGGAGUGGAGGAGGCGUUUUACUCUCUCGUGCGGGAGAUCCGAAGAUACAAGGAGACGAACCGCAGCAACAAGAAGAGCAAAAAGCACACACAGAGACGCUGCACUCUUUUAUAGCGCUACACGCGUACAGCCUCGCACUGCACCCUCGUGAUAGCAAUGUACACACACUCUCACACACACACACCACUGUAGCAUUACACAUACAUACACACCCCAAUUUCCUUUUCUUACCACUCUCUCUUACGCCACCAGCCUUUGAGGAAUAGGAACCUGACUGGCUGUCGAAUGUGUUUGUGUGUGUAUGUGCGCACGAGACCUCGGUGAGAAUCGAGCAACUGUGGAAUUGCUUUGAAAAAGACCGAUUUUUAAAUUCGUCUAGUCUCAAGUGGACUCGUCAACUUUGAGCUGCUGCUUCCCCUUCUGUGCUAAAAAGACCUGACGCGUGUCGUAGUUUUAGAGUCACAGCAGCAAGGAAUCUUGUUUAUAACAAAUUUGUGAGGUGGUGAAGGGAUAUACUUUAAGUCGGUGAUGGGUAGCUGUUUUUAAGUAAGCCUGAUCAUGUCUCAUCUCUUCAAAACUUUAUGAGCCAGUCAGCACAUCCGCGUGGUUCUGUUAACGGUGGUCGGGAACGAGCAAGCCCAUUAGAGCCACUAAUAAGAUGUACACCUUAAGAAGCGUUUCCUACUCGUGCGUCGUGGGAUUUUUGUCAGAAAAUAUUUUUAGUACUCGCUAAAAAUGCAUUUUGCCAUCAAAUGGGGUUUCUGUAGCCGUCACCCUGUUUUUCUUUGUACAAAAUUGACAUUUGAUCAGUUUCUCCACAGGUUACUAUUGUUGUCGUGGCUUGGACUAAAACGUAGCUGUCCUAUACCUAAUCUAGACCUUCUAUAAUUAUGAGAUUCAGAAAAAACAAGCUCGCUUUAUUUUUCCCAGCAGUAUUUUAAUGGCGAAAUCCUGUAUUUUUGUAACUGUUAAUAUUGAACGCACACAUACCAGCAUUGUAUUUGACAUUAAUAUUUCAUGUAUUAUGAUUAAUUGUUCAAAGUGCCAGUCAUUCCAACCUGCGAUGAGGCUUGGUUGGGACUGCGAGACCUUUUUUUUUUGUUUUUCUGUUUAGAUAAGACAGAACAGACGGUAAUGGUUUUGGUUCAGGCUAAACAAGCGACCAAAACUUGUGAUUGACGCAUUCCCUUUGCCACAUUGAUAACUGUAGGUAUAUGUUUUGUGAAUAAAGAGACUUUUGGCUAGA